GCCCUAAAAGAACAGUAAUUUCCCCCAUUAUCGCUAACCAGCGGUCGGUGAACCUGUGUCUAAACACGAGAUGUGAAUCUCCGCAGGGAUAGUUUCUCAGUGCGCGAGCGACGUUCGCUGCGGCACCCUAUAGAUAAGAAAAAAAGUAGCUUGAUGAGAAUCCAAAGUAGUGGAAGUUUGGAGGGGACGCCAUCUUGGUCCCAGCUCUCCACGUCCCCAACCGGACUGUGUUUUCAGCAGCUUACCACGGCAGGGGUGAAGGCCUCGGAAGGCACUAUGGAUGAGCUGCACAGCCUGGACCCCCGCAGACAGGAACUACUGGAGGCACGUUUUAUGGGUGGGGUCAGUGGCAGCACAGGUGGGAGCACUUGCAGCACAAGCGGAGGAACCAAAGGACUGACCAACAAUGAAUGUUCAAAUCAUAGUUUUGGAAGUUUGGGAUCCUUGAGUGACAAGGAGUCAGAGGGUUCUGAUGUAAAAAGAGGCAGUUCUCCUGCAUAUUCGACUCCAGAAAAAAAGCAGUCGGAAACGACCAGAGGCAGAAAAAGGAAGCCAGAGAUCCAGUCAGAGAGCAGCCAAGGAAAAUCAGCUGUGCGAGGACCCAAAAUAAGUGAUUAUUUUGAUUUUCAUGGAGGGAAUGGGUCCAGUCCUGUGAGAGGUCUCCCUCCAAUGCUCCGCUCACCACAGAACUCACAUUCCCAGUCAGCUCAGGGUGUUGCUGUUAGACAAAAUAGCUCAUCUCCUACUAAUAUGUCUUUUGGGGACCAGAUGACAAACCCAAAACAACUAUCUGUCAAAUUAGUUCAGACCGAUCUUACAGUUGUGAAACUGGCUGCGCUUGAAAGUACGAAGAACUUGGACCUUGAGAAGAAGGAGGGUCGAAUAGAUGACCUACUAAGGGCAAACUGUGAUCUCAGGAGGCAGAUUGAUGAGCAGCAAAAAUUACUUGAAAAAUAUAAGGAACGAUUGAAUAAAUGCAUCACCAUGAGCAAAAAGUUGCUCAUAGAAAAGAGCACCCAGGAGAAGCAGGCCUGUCGGGAGAAGAGUAUGCAGGAUAGAUUACGUCUGGGCCAUUUCACCACAGUUCGACACGGGGCCUCAUUUACAGAGCAGUGGACAGAUGGCUAUGCCUUUCAAAACCUCGUCAAACAGCAAGAAUGGAUAAAUCAGCAAAGAGAAGACAUCGAAAGGCAGAGGAAACUAUUAGCAAAGAGGAAACCUCCAUCCUCUAGCAACUCCCAAACACCUACCACAAACUCGGAGCCAAAGCAGCGUAAAACCAAGGCGGUGAACGGAGCAGAAAGUGAUCCCUUUCUAAAACCCAGCCUACCUCAACUGCUGACUCUAGCAGAGUACCAUGAACAGGAAGAGAUCUUCAAACUGCGACUAGGACAUCUGAAGAAGGAAGAAGCUGAGAUCCAGGCCGAGCUGGAGCGCCUGGAGAGAGUCCGCAACCUUCACAUCAGGGAGCUGAAGAGAAUAAAUAAUGAAGACAGCUCCCAAUUUAAAGACCACCCCACUCUAAAUGAACGGUAUCUGCUCCUACAUCUCUUGGGGCGUGGGGGCUUUAGUGAAGUUUACAAGGCUUUUGACUUGAUUGAACAACGAUAUGCGGCUGUGAAAAUUCACCAACUUAACAAGAACUGGAGGGAAGAGAAAAAGGAGAACUAUCACAAACAUGCAUGUCGAGAGUACAGGAUACACAAAGAGCUUGACCAUCCUAGGAUCGUUAAACUUUACGACUACUUCUCACUGGACACAGACACGUUUUGUACCGUCAUGGAGUUCUGCGAGGGAAACGACUUGGAUUUCUACUUGAAGCAGCAUAAGCUAAUGUCUGAAAAAGAGGCCCGGUCUAUAGUCAUGCAGAUAGUGAACGCACUAAAAUAUCUAAAUGAAAUCAAGCCUCCCAUCAUCCAUUAUGACCUUAAACCAGGGAACAUCUUGCUAGUGGACGGCACAGCCUGUGGGGAAAUAAAAAUCACAGAUUUUGGUCUCUCCAAAAUCAUGGAUGAUGACAACUAUGGCGUUGAUGGGAUGGAUCUGACGUCGCAGGGCGCAGGCACCUAUUGGUACCUCCCUCCUGAAUGUUUUGUGGUUGGUAAAGAACCCCCAAAGAUCUCCAACAAGGUGGAUGUCUGGUCAGUAGGAGUAAUCUUUUUCCAGUGUCUUUAUGGACGAAAGCCUUUUGGCCACAACCAGUCACAGCAGGACAUUCUGCAGGAGAACACUAUUCUCAAAGCUACUGAGGUCCAGUUUCCUGUAAAGCCAGUUGCCAGUAAUGAAGCUAAGGCCUUCAUAAGACGCUGCCUGGCAUACCGGAAGGAGGAUCGAGUCGAUGUUCUCCAGCUGGGAAGCGACCCCUACCUGCUCCCUCAAAUGCGAAGAUCGAGCUCCUCUGGAAACCUGCAGCUGAGUGCUGCUAGCGCCGGCUCAGCCUCUUCCAGUCUCAUUUCAUACUGACAGUUUUAAACUUUCUAAGAAAAGCGAACCGACAACUGAAGUUGGAGCUGUGAGGCUCAUUGGGACAGGAGCAGCAGGAUGCGAGUGUGAGGAUGUUUAUCGGCCUCCUCUGACCUGCAUCCGGAUUCUUCCCUUCGCAGAGACUUUAUCAGUGGAAAGAUGGAGAAGUGUCUCAAAGAACAUGCAUAAAAGGAUCGUUAGCUGUGGGAAGGGGGCUCCCAAAAAAAAAAAAAAGCACUGAAACCAUAUCUUGAAGAAAACGUUAC